AUGCACUCCACUAGAGUCAUAUUAGGUAGAGGAGCUAUAUCCACACAUCACGGUCAAAAACGGAUACUCAAGCACUCUACACCAGAUUUGGUUACAUACAUCCGCAAGGCAGUCCAAACAGGAAUUUAUCGCAGUAAUGAAGAAAUCGAAGAAAUGAAUCAACAUUUGAAGGAUGAUCCAACGGAUUUGAAGCGAAUUCGAUGGCAUGUUCCCAGAGGGUCUAAAAUUCAUGAUUAUCCCGCGGAGUACGAAAUCCUGAGCUUGAAUCCUCCAUCUCCAUUCAAACCCUUCAUGCCUAAGAAAGAUGUUCGAAAAGCUGUCAACAAAUACAUGCACGAGCAUCGACCGACGGAUCGCUUGGCGAACAAUUACCUGAAUCGAAUACUGCGAGGAGGAAAUACAGGGGAACCGGGAACAGCUGAAGAAUACUACCGUCGUCUACUCGGAUCAAGCAAGGCUCCGAAAGUAGAUUCAGCCAUGGGGUCAAAGAGUGCUAUGUUGAACAAAGCGUAUGCCGUUGCAGUCAAGCAAUACCAAUUGAUGCGGACUGAAGAUCUAGGUGAAAAAGAGGCACUUUAUCGGGUCGAAGAACUUCUGAAACAAAGUGAUUAUGAGGAGAAGACAAGGAGUAGACUGAGAGCAAAGAGCUUGGACAAGCAUAAUUUGUCAGAUGAACAUGCUGAGAAACGCGCCCAAGCUGCUUAUCCGGCAGCAACUCCUUUUGCUGAUCAGAAGGAGAAUAUGGAUACAUCAAUGCUCUACUCGGACAACCAAAGAUCAUUUGAGGGUAUGAUCAGUUGGACCCACCGUCUUCAGGCGGUCCCAUAUCGACAAUGGACGGUCGGUGCUUCGACUGCAUUGGAUCACUGGAUUGCUAAACGAGUAUUAGGCAUGUCAGAAGAAACAUGGCUCGAGUUACUUGAAGGCGAUUCUCCACAUCUAAUUGGUCGAGGACGUGACAUUGUGGUUGCUCGUCAUGCACUAUUUCCUGAAACAGCCUUGGAUGAAGAUGAUUCCAUCACUCGUAUUGAAGAUGAUGUCGAUAUAGUUGAAGACGACUUGGAUGCUCUUCUUGCCACAUUAGGAGGGUGGAACGAUGAUGCUGACUCAGCAACAGAAGUUUUUUCCAGUACAGACGAACAGAUUCUCGGCUUCACGAAGCAGUUGCAGGUAUGGAGGACCAAACAAGCUGAAUCACCAUUUGAAGCUUGGAGCGAGGCCGAGAAAUCUGAAUUCAAUACUUGGCUCAAAGAAUACGUGACGGCGUUAGCCCCGGACUCGGAUAUGCUAGAAGUAAAUAUGGGGGGCACUCGUAAUGCAUUGCUUUUGGCACCUCCUCUUUCGCACGAUGAUUCAACUGCAUUUUGGGAGAACAUUCGUGACGAGACCGCAGCAGAAGUCUUUUUGCAGCUUUUACACUCGCAGAAAACGACUUCUUCGCAUCCGUUUUGGCAACUGGAAUAUGAUCUUCAAUUAGAAAGACUUGUCGAACUUGGAUCAAUUCAUGAAAUAGCCGAUGAAUAUGCCAAGGAAAGUGACAGGUCCUUGUUUUUGUCUCGUUAUGGUGAUUACUUGCUUGAGGGACUGGAGCUCGAUCAUUUGGCACCAGAUGCGACUGGCCCUAUUCGAGGGUCAGAUUUGGGCGACGCGUUAAUGAAGAAAUACAAGAUUGCUCCUUCGGACCGGUUCCACUUGAAGAGCAUCAAAUACGGAACUGAUGAAUUUGGAACUCCAGCUUCGCAACGAGCCCGUGAUAUUUUCCGGUCUUGGAAUACUUUGAAAACGGGAAGGGCGCACUAUGAAGAAAAGUUAUUUCAGAAGGGACUGCUGGGAUUGUCUUACAGCAAAAAGGAAGGGUGA